AAUUGGAAUUAGGGUGUAAUAUUUAAGUUGACCACAAAUUUCAAAAACUGUGUCUUUUGAAUAAUAAAGAUGAAUCCUACUGUUUUGGUGAUAAUUGUCUCGAUUAUCAUCACAAGUGCUUCAGCCCAAGAUCCCUGGAAGAAAGAAUGUGUUGAUGGGUUUGAACUGCUUUUUUUCAAACAACGUAAAACUUACAACGAGGCAAAAUCUUCUUGUGAAGGAUUUGGAGGUUACUUGGCUAAAGUUGAUGAUCAAAGAAUAACGACAGUCAUUAAUGCAGCAUUCGCCAUACAACAUCAAGAUAACACCUUUUACAUCGGAGGAAAUGACAUAGCUAGAGAAAGAGAUUGGAAAUGGCAGGAUGGUACUGAUGUGACAAUGAGAGGAGAAGCAGGAUAUCAAAACUGGAAAUCUAAUCAACCGAAUGGUGAGACUGCAGAUAAUCGUGCUGUUGAAGACUGUAUGGCAGUUGGCAGACAAACGUACCUGUGGGUUGAUUCAUCUUGCGAUGCAAACUUCUUCUACAUUUGCCAGAAAGUGUUUCCGGGCCCGUUCGUUAGAAUACAAACAAUCAGUGGAAACCAGAAAAGAUGUUCUGCGACAGAAUGCAGCACUGCAACACAAGUUGAUUGGUACAAAGCAUCUAACAAAGUAUCAACCGCAACUACAAGUAGAGUUUACCAAACGAUACAAACUGGAUCAGCAACAUUGAAUCUUCAAAAUUCGAAUAUUGCAGAUGCGGGAUCUUAUAGUUGUCGUUAUCGAAUUGGCAAAACCGAGAAAACUACAACUGAAUCAUAUGAGGUGGCUGGAAAUCCCACAAUCCAUCAAAUAUCCAAUAACGUCUGCAACUCUAACUUGAUCAUCUCAUGGCAACCACAUACAAAUGCUGUUGGAUUCCCACACAAAAUAGAAGUAAGUCCGACCUCAGGUGAAUCAACAAGAUGGGUGGAUUCACCAACAUCUGAGAAACAGUCAACCACAAUAACCAGUUUGUCACCUAACACAACCUUUCAAAUCAAAAUAACUGCAUGUGUAACAAAGGAUAACUGUCCAACCCAAUAUUCUACCAUCCGAAGCGCAAGAACAGACGGAUCAAAGUUAUCUGUCGAAUCGUCAUCUAUUAUACAAUACAAGAAUACGCAAACUUGCGUCAUCUCAUGGAUCUUAUAUAACAAAACAGAGACUGGUGAUUCUUAUACCGUGGAACUGAAUUUAACUUCAACCCUGGCUUCGUCGCGAGAUUUGAACUUGAAGACAGACAUGAAACUGAUAAACGUGACAUCAUCAUCCGUGUAUUCAUUUCAACCAGAACCAAAUCGUAACUAUUCUGUUUCGAUCAAAAUAUUUAAGUGUGCUGGUCUUGGUCAAGAAUUAUUGGUUGCUGGCACUUGUCUAGGAAAACCUACAGCUCCUACAAAGAUUUUUCCGCCUGAAAGUUUUGAAGAUAACCUAAUCAACGUGUGUGGCAUCAAAGAACUGGCAAUACAGGCACCGGAUGAGACUAAUGGCCUUGUCAGUUGCAUAUUUGUACUUGUACACACAAAUUUGAAGGAACUUGACGACGACUUUUCUAUGACUGACAUGAUAAAUAUUAACAACACAGUGAGCGGAGAUGAAUAUAUUGCUAAAGCAAUACCUAUGACAAGCAUGAAUUGGGAGAGAAUGAAUAUUACACUCGGUGAAGAAUCAAUGACAACCUGUGACGUAAUAAAUACCGGAAAAGCAGGGAUACAAAAUGAACAAAGUCGUGGAAAAGAAAUUUUAUUCACAGCAAGGAACAAAAAAUUAGAUAAAAAGACGUUCAGUGUCUCGAUAGUUUAUUCUACGCCCUCUGGUGACCAAAUACAUUUCAGUCAAAGCCCCUCUAUAACGUUGAAACAAGGUGAACAGGAAACUACUGCUAAGAACGAUACCGAGAAAGGAGCGUUCGAGUUCAACAUCAUCAGUUUUGUGAUUGGUUUUCUCAUUGCUUUCGUCUUCUUGGUCGUCUCUGUCUGGAUCAUAUACAAGUUGAAGAAAGAAAUAAAGAAUUUGAAGGAAAAGGCAGAAGUAAAAGAACACAAUUACGAAACUAUAAAAGAAAAAGCAACUCCUUCCAACAAUCCAGCUUCACAACCAUCAUAUUCAAAUGUCUUGCAAGAAACUGCCGGAUACGAACAACCACUUCCUGCAAAAACUAAGCAAACACAAGUGGAGUCAGCUCACGAACAACUAUCAUCAUCAAAUGUCCUGCAAGAAACUGCCGGUUACGAACAAGCUCUGCCUGCGACAACAAAGAAAACACAAGUGGAGUCAGCUUACGAACAACCAUCAUCAUCAAAUGUCCUGCAAGAAACUGCCGGUUACGAACAAGCUCUGCCUGCGACAACUAAGCAAACACAAGUGGAAACAGCUUACGAAUCUUACAACGCCUGAUGAAUUUCAGCUAAGCAGUAACUAUCAGCAAAUAACAAAAUGUAGAAAAAUUCAAAAGAGUUGUUUAUUUACAAAACACUAGGUAUACUUGUUACAUAUAAUGUCGUUAUUAUUCAAGUAGUCAGUCAAGUUGGUGUCGAUCGACAUCUCUAUCCCAUAGCCAGGACAGAGCAAUCAUCAGUACUGUUCACAUUUACGCCCAGAGUGUAAUCAGCUCUGUAGGUCUGUCGCAAACAUGUAUAUUCCAGCAUGCAUUCUUGUAAACGACUUGUAGUUCAAGUUAAGUCUGUGUAUUAUAUUACAGCAAUAAAAAUCAAAAAACUUACUUGAGAAGUUCACACUCAUUUGUCUCGUUCGGUAUAAUUUCCAUGCCCGACAACUAAUACGCAUAUACUAUAAAAUAGGAAAGUUUUAUAGUGUCAUUUCCAAAAAUAAAAGAAUUCUUCUUGUUGACUAAAAAUAGAAGACAAAAAUGAAAGAAUACUUCUUUCGACUAAAAAUAGUUCGUUAUUCUUAUAGUAGUAAUUGGAUGUUAUG